ACUGGAUAACUCUCGUAGCUUGCAGGUAGCAUCCUUUCAUAUGGGAGACCGAUACGUUUGAGAUAUCGGCACUCGCUCCGCCUGGAGAAAGGUCGGGGAAGCCCAUUCGGAUCAGCUACGAGUUGUCGUGCCUAAUAUUGGAAAAUUUCUUGGAUUGAGAACACCAUCUCUUCGAUUAUCAUCAACACUUUAGUUCUCGUUUAUGCAAAAUCAUUGCUCGCGCGGUGGGAGACUUUUAUGGAGUAGACGACUGUAUAUUUACUGCCUGUCUUAUUCAGUGAGUGAUUUUCACACCAAUAGGCAUAAUUUGGGGAAGCCAAUUGUUCCAGUUUUACGAAAUGUGGAGGAUGUUUCGAAAAGAGUGAGAUACUGCCGUUCCUAGAUUGUUACCUUAAGGCAUCUUUCGUCAUAAAAUAUCUUCUUUGGAAAGGAUAUACGGGGGAUGCAUACAGCAAGUCAAAUGAAUUGAAUAUUGUUUGGCCCAUGACAUUUGGAAAGACAUUUGGAGUGAAGACCUCUACCCUGGUGAUACCUUAAGGCGCAAUUUUUCAUAACUUUCUUCGGAUGUGGAGAGGACUGACUGAGAAAAACCACAAAUGAAAUAUAAUUGCCAAUUACAUUGUACGCUUUGGGAAGGCAUUUUAACCAACGCGGGAAGCCAACCCAUCCCUAUUACGGAAGAAGAGGAUGCUAUAGAAAGGCCCCGUUUUUAUCACAAGCUAUAUCGAGUAAUGCGUCGCCUACGGCUAACCAAAAAAUCAAAUCGGGUGCAUUGUCACAUCAUGUUGAUAUUUGGAAUACUUCGUACGUAAAAAUGACUGCAAAGUGUGCUGAUCGGUAUAAACAUUGCGCUUGUAACUCUUAUUCGUCGCGAAAGUGUGUUCUGUGGGGUGCCAGCGCCGUAAUACAUUGAUCAAAUCAUUUUACGCCGGUGACCACAUUGACUGGGAAAGACUCCUUCACGUUUUCGCCAAAUCAACCAGUGAAACCUGUUGGAUGAGUCCCCGUUCAAUCCGGCACUCAAUUCGAUUGGUCAUAUGAUAAGGUAUCGGACGAGCUACUCUGAUUUGGUCAACAUGCGCGAUGAUUCGAAAACAUUACAGCAGCAUCUCAUGUCCCCGGCGAAGUUUGAUAAAUAUCGAACUUGGUUAUCUUUAAGUUCAACGUAGGGGACACUCUUUGUCGAAUCCGAUGACGAAGACCAGGAAUAGAUAAACUACUUUUCCAUGGCCAUCAGGAUUAUCAAAACUUGUGUUAUUUUUAAGCAAAGCCAUCCAAUGCAUGUACUUUAUGAGUGUGUUUUGUGUUAACGAUAGGAUUCUGUGAUAUUCGUUAGGGAUUCCUGCAUCUUGUUUUGUGGCUGGUGAUUCUGUGAUUUCACAAGAUGGUGAUCAUGGAGAGUGUGGUCAGUGAUGACAUCAAGUAUAAACUUGUAGCAAAUGGAUUUGUUGAGGCUGAUGAUGUCUCUUUUAAAGGAGGUGACAACGGGGCCAUGGCAAAUAAAAAGUCUUUCAUACCUAAUUGGUACAAAGAGGAAUUUAAGGAGGUCUUCAAUCUAGGAUGGACUAUGGUCCUCAUCAGCUUCCUCUCAAACCUCAUGGGGCCAAUCAGCGUCGUCUACUGCGGCCAUCUUGGAACUGCUGAGCUUGACGGCGUUGCCAUAGCAAACACGGUGAUAAACGUUACUGGAAUCUCAAUCGCUGCUGGCCUAUCAACUGCUUGUGAUACACUUUUCUCUCAGUCCUUUGGUAGUAGAAAUAAAAAACAAGUUGGAAUAUAUUUACAAAGAAGUAUAAUUAUCAUCACGCUAUUUCUGUUCCCCGCGUGGGCAAUACAUAUGAAUACCGAAACACUGCUGGUCUUGAUGGGACAAAAUUAUGAAGUUGCAAGAAUAGCUGGUAGAUACCUCACUUACUUCAUGCCAGGAAUGGUAGCCGUCUUUAUGCAUCGAAUAUUGAUAAAAUAUCUCCGUACACAGAGCAUCAUUAUCCCACCGUUGGUGAUAGGUUUCAUAGGCGCUGCCGUCAACGCAGUCAUGCAUGGUGUCCUCGUUUACUGGUUGAUGUGGGGCACAGACGGGUCAGCAAUAGCUCAGGCGCUAGCCUUCAUCUGCAUGUUCCUGGCGACGUUAGCAUAUAUUUUAUAUUCAAAAGUAUACGAGCUCACGUGGCCCGGUUGGACAUUUGAAGCAUUUGAAGAGUGGGGCCUUUUCCUACGGUUAGCCAUCGCGGGUUUGCUCAUGCUGUUCUUACAGUGGCUCAGUCUAGAGAUAGGAACUAUCUUGACGGGGACGCUGGGGAAAGUGGAGCAGGGUGCUCAAUCGAUCCUUUUUCAAAUCGAGGCUAUAAAUUUUAUAAUUCCAUUCGGUGUUGGUAUUGGAUGUAAUAUACGAGUCGGUCACUUAAUAGGAGCUGAGAAACCAAUGCAAGCGAAAAGAGCCGUCAAAGUUGGCCUUAGUAUAGUCCUAUGCACGUCCAUCUUUAUGGGGAUCCUUCUAGCCAGCCUUCAUGGGGUGCUACCCAAAAUCUUCUCGAGUGAUUCGCAGGUGAUAAACUACGCGUCCAGCCUUCUUCCGAUCAUGGCAAUAUUUCAGUUCUUCGAUGGGAACUGUGGUGUCUAUGGUGGUAUAAUGCGCGGCCUUGGGAGACAGCACUUGGGAGCCAUGGCCAUAUUUUUUGGAUAUUUUAUCAUAGGUCUUCCGAUCGGUGUCUGCCUUAUGUAUCUAACUGAUCUCAAGGUCACUGGGCUGUGGAUAGGUUUUACUAUAGGAGUUGCGAUGGAAGCUGGCCUUUAUUUUUACUUUGUUCUAGUCAUGACAGAUUGGGAAAACGAGGUUGCAAAGGUUGGGUCCAAAAAGACAGAAAAUGGAAUAUCGUGUCAGAAAGAAACUGAUCAAUUCGUGAUUCUCCCCCUCCAGGGCCAGGCGAGAGCGGGCCUGAAAGGAGCCGCCAAUGACGAGUACGAAGAGGACAGAAUGAGAAGUGUUGGGGGCACCAGAUACUCCUUGGCCAGCACGACGAUGACCGAUUCUGACCCUGAGGAUGCCGCCAUAUGCCAUGAUGAAGGAAAAGGUUUACUGCUGAACGGUAAUGCAAAACAUGGCCUCUUGCCAAACGGAGCGGGGCACACGGACGGCGAAACAAAAAUAUCGCGAACUUGGCGAGAACUGGUGAAAACGAGGCUAUUCUGGGAGAGAUUGGGACUCCUAGCGCUCAUGUUCUCAAUGUUUGCGAUUGGCUUGACCUGCCGCCUUGUUUACCAUCCAAAAUACCAUCACAGAGAACUGGUGGAACUUUGUCAACCCUUCCGUCACACGUUUACAAAUCAUACCACGACUGCCGAUUUAGCGAAUAUGCUCGUGGAUAAAAAAGUUGCCAACACAACCUUUGAAUACACAGUAUUCAUUCUGGACCAAUGUGUCGAUUUUCUGAAGACAUACACGCCACCUAUUGUAUGAGAGUUCAACGUGCGGAUAUCAAUAUGUGAUUCUAUUUUUUCCUACCAUGGAUGCGCUUCUGAGAUGAUAUUUUCGUAAGGAAUGUUUCAUGUUCGAGACCUUGUUUCAGUUUAAUGACUUGGGGUAUUAUGUAACCAUAGCGACCAUCUGAUACAUUCCAACUCGUGGCUGAAAUCCUCACUCCCCGCAGUAACAAUGCGUGUGCACUAGUCUGUGUCUGGAGAGUGUAAACUGGUGUGCAACGUCACGAAAAAACGCAGAGACCUUUAUUUUCAAGAGUGUAUCAUCCCCUCUGUGUACAGGCGCGUCAUAUGCAGACCCUGCCAUAACGACAGGACUCUACUUCCGGUGGUAUAGCCUGGUCGUCUGAAAGUGAUCCCGGGCAACGCAACUCAAUUCAUUUUGUAUUAUAUAGGCGGGAAUGUGGAGUAUUUUGUGUAAAGAUGGUUUUAAGUUUUCUUUUUUUUGAAUGUUGAAGUUAGUUUUAGUUUUGUGAUCAGUCUGGACAAGUGUGGGAGAGACCUCCAAUCCCUGGAGAGAAAGUCCCUAGAAUAAAAGAGUCUCAAAUUGUGGUAACGUAUACGAGCAUUGGUCUCUAUAGCCUUACCUAAACUGUUAGUUGAAGCCGACUGUUUCAAAUAAAACAAAGGAAUUAUUUGAAAGACUCUGGUUCGAUCAAAAAAUUUAACUCGAGUUUAAAAAAUGUUUAACUGUGUAACUUGUUUAAUGAUUUUAUGUAAACCGAUGAUAGCAUAAUUACCAAUGUUUCAAAAUGUCAUGCAUGAUAUAAACUGCACUGCGGCAUUGUGUAUUUCCGGCAUUUACCUAAGCUACCAGUAAAUGCAAUGAACACAAGUGGUACACGUAUACUAUCCCUUUAUGGGUUAACCAUAGCACGCUCCAUCAUUUGGCUAGAACUUGAAAUCCAAAAGCCAUUAGGAAUCCCUCAAAAUAAGAGAAUGCCCAUUUAGAACGUGAGAGGCUGUUCUCUCGAAAAAAAGGACAGACUCCCACAUUGAAAUUGGCAUUCACUUCGUUUUGAAAGAUUUCUAAUUCCUGUAGGAUUAAAAUGCACUACAGUUUCCUCGACAAUACGGUGGUGGAUCGAGACGGCCAACUAAUAUCACAUUUAGGGUUGGGGUGGGAGGAUUGGGAAGUAAAAGAUCCAAAAUCACUGAUACGACGUAUUAUCUUUCUUGAAAACACAACUAUUACUGCAUAUAAUCGAUAGGGUCAGAGAUGUAGAAGUGCCUCACCAAGUGUGCCUUCAUAAUAAUAGUACUGCUAACCGCAAAAUUUCCAAGCCUAUUUAUUUUUGCGAUUCGUAAAAAAUUCUGAAAGAAAAGAAGAUUUUCGCUAUUUUCGUUUGGCAGAUUACGAGAAAUUUAUCCUUAUUUUUUAUCAUUGUAAGUUUUCGCCAAAUUUUUAUUUAUUCUAGAUCAAUCGCAAUUUGUAUCUGCGAAAAAAUGCUCGCGAAAAUUUGGCGCUUUACAGUUCUGUUGAGGAUGUAUUUUACGUUUUGAUAAUUUGUUCAUGUGCGACAGGCACGGCACUGGGUGGUUGAUUUUUCUUGAUAAAACGUGUAAAAAAAUAAUGCCGAUGUGUUCAAAUUUGAGCACUGAAGGCAAACUGUUAACGUAAGACGUUCCUUUUUCAUCGUCAGAGAAGCAAUUGAAUGGGGCUUAAAGCAUGACAGAUGCUCAGCAUACCAUGUGUACCUGCGUAAUUUUUCUUGUAAAUACAUUCAUUUUUACGUGGUAUACCUUUAUUAUUCUUGCCACCAUGCUAUUGCAGUCUUGCUUCAAGUUUUCUUCCUUCCACGCAAGCUACGCAUGACGCACACGGGUAAAUGUGUCGUGUGCAAAUGACUUGCAAUGGCUGUACAUGUGUUGUGCUGUGCUGCACAUCUUCCAAAUCUCAUUGUAGGUAUUGAAUGUCUCACUAAAUACCACGAGGGUGUAGUUGUCAUUACGCCCAAAACCUUGAAAUUACACCUGCUCCUGUAGGAAAUUCAAGUACAAGAUUUUUACUGCCAUCAUUGUCAAAAUGAACCUCUCCCGAGCAUGUCAAAAGUUAAAUGACCGGUGUGCAAGGGAUAGUAGUCCUAGGGCUGAUAGUCCGUGUAACAAUAGCCCGCAUUGCUAAAUGUUUUGGUUAGGGUUAGCGGUACAAUAGAUCAUGCUGCUUAAUUGGUCAAAUACAAUGCUACCGGACUAUGACUCCAGGGGGACUAUAUCCGCUGUCACACCGGUAGUCAGAAAAGGUAGAUUCUAACUCUUAUUAAGGCUGCCGCACACUGGCGAUUUGUGUCGCAUUUGCUCCAUCGACGAAAAUAAAUCGCCAAUGUGCCCCUUGGCACAGGUGUUUUUAUUUGUUUGUUUUUGUUUGUUUGUUUUAUUUGAAUGCAUUUAGUUUUAAGGAUCAUGAUUUUUAAUGUUGGGGAAAAGAAUGUUUUAUAUACAUUCUACCCCUGUGUGUAUGGGAUGUAUUGUAAUUGGAGACUUGCGUUGCUUCACUCGGCGUUAACAGUGGAAAUCUUGGCCGAAUUUGGUCAAAACAGAUAAUCACCAUAAAUUUGGCGUUAGUGAUAUUUUGGCGUUGUUGCGUUAGGUCAGACCGAGAUAUUAUCGAAUUUGCAUUCGUGUUAACACCAAGUCGGUGUUUCAAAAUGAGGAAUAAAGUGUGAUUUUAGA